AUGAGUAAUAAUGAUAAAUCGGCAUUAUUUGCUUGCUCAAAGUGUUUCAAACGGUAUUUUUACGAAGAUUUGUCGUCUGGGCAACAACUCUGUAAAGAAUGUCGAGGAUCAUAUCCUGUAGUUAAGUGUACUUACUGUCGGUCCGAAUUCCAACAGACUGAUAAAUCAAACACGAGUACAAUUUGUAAAAAGUGUGAACAAUUUGUGGCUCAAUAUGGUAGACCAACAGCAUGUAGUUACUGCAAUAUAAUAGCUGCUUUCAUUGGCCAAAAAUGUCAGCGUUGUGCAAAUUCUGAACGCAAAUAUGGGCCACCUGUAACUUGUGAUCAAUGCAAACAAAAUUGCGCAUUUAAUAGAAAAGAUAUGGAUUGUGAAUUGCUUGAUGGAAAAGUAUUAUGCUGGUUAUGCACUUUAUCAUUUAAACGGGCUUUAGCAAAAACAAAAAAAACUGAUGCUGAAAUGAAACUAUUAGUUAAAAAACGUGAUGGAUCAAAAAAUAGGAAAACUAAACAUACAAAUGUAAUGAAAUUAAUUGAUGAUAGUGGUCCAGAUUUUGCUUUGCCUCCACCUUCAAAAAUGCAUCGAAAUUCUCAUAGGCAUGUUGACGUAAAUUCAGAUAAUGUAGUGGUUAUUACUGAUCUCAAAGAACAAAUAGCAUUGUUACAAAAACAAUCUCAUCAAAAGAAUUUUCAACUUCUAAACAAAGAUAAAUUUAUAACCGAAUUGAAAGCCAAACAUUUUACUACAGAAAAUGAAUUGCGAAAUAAAAUGAAUUCGGAUAAAAAGGAGUAUAGUAGAGAAGUAGAAAUGUUGCAUAGUAAAAUCAAGUGUUUGCAGAAAGAGGUUGCUACUUUAUCCAAAAGUGGCGGUAAACGUGGUGUACAUCUCCGUAAAGAACACGAUAGUGGUAGUGGUACUGAUAGUCCAUCUGUGACAUAG